CGCCCCGGCGCCGCGAGCCGCCGCCCCGCGCCGGGGGGAGAGAGCUCCCCGCUCCCCGCGCAGCUGAGCGCCGCAGCCGCAGAUCUACAGUCAAAAUCUUGAAGGUCAUACACUUUCCGAUGGUGGUGGCAAGCCAUGGCGGCCGACGACAAAGUUGCUAUCUUAACUGAUGAUGAAGAGGAACAGAAGAGAAAAUACGUGCUUGCCGAUCCAUUCAAUGGUAUUUCCAGGGAGCCAGACCCACCUUCCAAUGAGACGCCCUCCUCCACAGAGACAUCUGCUCUUCCCGAGGAGGAAGUGGACUGGAUAGAGAAGCACUGUAUUAAAAUAAACAACGACCUUCUGAUCUCCAAGGUCUUUUACUUUUUCUUUUACUCUGCCUAUGGCUCUCUCUACCCACUUUUGCCUGUGUAUUAUAAGCAGCUGGGAAUGUCACCAAGCCAGAGUGGACUGCUAGUAGGCAUUCGAUACUUCAUUGAGUUCUGCAGUGCCCCCUUUUGGGGUGUAGUUGCAGAUCGCUUUAAAAAAGGCAAAAUUGUCCUCCUCUUUUCCCUUUUGUGUUGGGUUUUAUUCAACCUGGGCAUUGGGUUUGUCAAACCUGCUACCUUGAGAUGUGUACCAAAGAUUGCUCCAACAGCACCUCCCACCAACUCAAGUCACCUGUUUACCAUCCUGCCAACAAAUUCCUCUGGUAUUGCUUUCCUUACCACAUCACCAAAAAUACGUGAAAAGAGGAACCUGCUUCCUUCUAAAUGGUCGCCAACAGAAACAGGCUCUAAUAUCACAGACCCCAUUAGCUUUUCAGCAGUUUCAAACACUAGUGAGUCCAUUCUGCCACUCCAGACAUAUGAACCUACUCACCAUCCUGUGGACUUGACCUUGAGCCCAAGCACAACAACCCCUACUCCCCCAGAAAAUGUAACCAGGGAGACAACCACUGCUAUUAUCACUACCACCAAAUCUUUACCUUCUGACCAAGUCACUCUUGUUUAUGAUCAACAAGAAGUUGAAGCUAUAUUCUUGGUGAUCCUGGUAGUUGUCAUAAUAGGAGAAUUUUUCAGUGCCUCUUCUGUCACGAUUGUGGACACAGUGACUCUCCAGUAUCUGGGAAAACACAGAGACCGCUAUGGGCUGCAGCGCAUGUGGGGCUCCCUGGGCUGGGGCUUGGCCAUGCUGUCUGUGGGCAUUGGGAUUGACUACACCCACAUAGACGUGCUCAUUGAUGGAAAGGGGUGUAAACCCCCUGAGUACCGGAACUACCAGAUCGUCUUCAUCGUCUUUGGCGUUCUCAUGACCAUGGCCUUGAUUGUUGCUACUCAGUUCCGGUUUCGUUACAACCACUUCAAAAGCAACGAUAAGGGGAAGGAGGUGGAGAUCCCCCAGGUGGAGAGGAACAAUUCUGCAGAGUCCUCAGAGGACACGCCGCCCACCGCAAGCCCCUCGCAGACGUUCAGCUUCUGGGACUUGAUCAGGCUGCUCUGCAGCGUGCAGUACGGCUCCGUGUUGUUUGUGGCUUGGUUCAUGGGGUUUGGAUAUGGCUUCGUGUUCACCUUUCUGUACUGGCAUCUGGAAGACCUGAACGGAACUACAACACUAUUUGGGGUCUGCUCAGUCUUGAGUCAUGUGUCCGAGCUGACAGCUUAUUUUUUUAGUCACAAGCUUAUUGAAUUGAUUGGCCACAUCAGGGUUCUGUACAUUGGCCUGGCCUGCAACACUGCUCGCUAUAUUUACAUUUCGUACCUGGAAAAUGCCUGGACUGUUCUCCCUAUGGAAGUUCUUCAAGGAGUGACGCACGCAGCCAUCUGGGCAGCAUGCAUCUCCUACCUCAGCGCGGCUGUGCCCCCGGAGCUGAGGACGUCUGCACAGGGCAUCCUGCAGGGCCUUCACCUGGGCCUGGGGAGAGGCUGCGGCGCCAUGAUCGGAGGCGUGUUAGUCAACUACUUCGGGGCUGCGGCAACCUUCCGAGGCAUCGGCAUGGCCUGCCUGGUGAUCCUCCUGCUCUUUGCCCUGAUCCAGUGGCUGGCAGUGCCCGCUGAGGAAGAAGACAAGACCAUGUUGGCAGAGAGGAUUCCUGUUCCCUCCAGUCCUGUUCCCAUAGCAACCAUCGACCUGGUACAACAACAGACGGAAGAUGUCGUGCCGCGCCUGGAGCCCAGACUUCCGCCCAAGAAAACCAAGCACCAGGAAGAACAGGAGGAUGUGAACAAACCAGCCUGGGGGGUCAGCUCUUCUCCCUGGGUGACCUUUGUCUACGCGCUCUACCAGAUCAAAGAAAUGAUGCAACUCACAAGAGACAGCCGGGCAUCUGAGAUACAGCCAUUGCAGGGGACCAGUGAGAAUCGGGAAAACUCUCCAGCGAGCGGAGCCCAGCCAGCCCCAAGGGAGACUCCCGCUGACCCAGCUAGAAACCAGCCUCCGCCUGACGCAGCAGCAGCUCAGACACAGACCAGCCCUGCUCUCCCCAGUGUGGACCUGCGUACGGUGGAGGGCAAGGAGCCGCAGGCUCAGCCUGCCCCGGGGGGACCGUGAGGGCCCUGCUCCUCCCCGCACCCUGCAUGGAACGGGGCUCCGGGGCCAGGCCCCCAGCCCAGCACACGCCUCCCGCGGCAGACGCUUCCACAUCCACUAAACUCCUUAACGCCGAAGCCCGGGCCACGUACUGGCAGGAAGGGCAGACUCCUCUGGCCCACAGGGGCACGGGGGCCUGCGGUGUCUAAGGGCUGCAGUUCUUUGGCUGGGUGUGCGCCCCUCCCCACGUCCCUGAGAGUGGAAGCCAGCAGCCACACCAUGGGGGGACGCGCGUGGGGCAGGGGCGAUGCUCAUAGAAUUUCCCUCUUCUGAUUAUUUACUGAUUCGGUUCUUAAUGUGAGCUGGGAAAAAACAGUAUGCAUCUGUCAUUGUGUUUUUCUUAAAGAGAACCACUUAAAAAAAAAGUAUAAGACAUUUUAAAAAUAACCAGAUAAAAGUUACAUAAAAACAUAUGCUUUUGUUUGAGAAAAAAAAAGCAGCUGCAAGUUUCAUCAGAGACUGCGUAUCUCUAGCAAAUGUAUUUUUCUAUGUGUCUGGUAUAUAUUGAAAAGUCCAUUCUGAGCAGCAGAAGCUGUUACUGACUACUGCAAGCUUAGCUGAGCUUUAUAAUGCCUUUUGUUUUAAAUGGGCUGUGAAAUGGCCAGAAAUGAGGGAGUAUUUAAAACAAACAAAACAAAACAACACCAACCCACUCAGUAUCCUGUGGCUUGACAGGCAAGGGUUUGCUACACGUGCUGAUGCUGUAAAUAGCUCUGUCACUAUUUGCUAUUUAUAGUGAUCUGGGCGCUAAUUAGUUGAUGGGGCAAAACAAAUGGCUGAAUUCCCAAGGGUUCCUUUAAUGAAGCAGUACUAUUUAGAAUUCACAGUGUAAGGUUUAAGUGCCUGGGGGAGGGAUACAGUUUUUAAAAAUGCUAGGAUGGGUCCGUUUGGUUUGGUUUUUGAUGAGGUGGUCUACAGGAAGACAGGAAGGGACGUUAGGAGCAGGAAGUACUUUCCAGAAAUCUCAGCAUGGUCUUUGCCAAGAAGACACAGUCAGACACUGGACAGUUCAGAUACAGGAAUGCAGCUGUGCCGGUUACAAGUACAGUGAGAACGAUGCUGGGUGCGCCGUGAAGACAGCUUGCUGCUAAAACUGAAAGCUGGGGUAGACAGGAAGCCUGGGGAAGCGCUACGGAAGUGCACUGUGGCUUUAGCUGAAUGGAGACCAUGCAUGUGUGUAGACUAGCUGUGGACGAGCGCAGGGCAGGAAGCAAAGAACAGGAGCCGGGGAAGGGCCCCUCCCUUUACCCUAGGACCCUGGUCACACAGGAUCUGAGUCGAGGGAGGGCUUCUCCAUGACACCCUGGUUCUGUCCAAGGCUGUACCUGGGAGAAGACACCCUCCAUCAGGAUGUCUCGCUUCACCACAAACCACAGCUUAAGAAGUAGAUGAAAGAAACAGAAUUAAGCAAAUAGUUAUUUUUGCACUUGAACUGAAACGUACUGUACUGUAAAUUAUCAUGACUCAUUUUAAGUGACCUUUGAAAUCAGAUAUAUUUAUUAUGCUUGUGUAAUUAUGGAAACAAAGGAAUGGGUGACACGCUGACCCUCACCUGUGAAUGUACAGUAUGUGGAUUUGUGAACCUGACUUCCGGAAGUCAUACGCUUACAUUGUAUCUUGUGUUUACAGUUCUGAUUUAUUCCUUUGAAAAGCCUGCUGUUUUGGAAAUGCACAGUUGACAUGUUGAAAUAAAAGUACCAUUUUUAAAUAUUUCUUAAAUGAUUAAGAUGUGACCAAAUAAAUAAAAGUCCUUUACUCUAUAAUGAAAGAGACUAGAAGCCUGCCUUUCUUAUGAAACCCCG